AAACAGUUUUAAUAUCCAAGGCCGCUGUCUGUUGACGUCGUUCUUUUCUUGAUGGUGUAUUAUCUCUUGGGCUAUUAACUACUCCGGCCGUCAAUCCCGGUUAGCUAUAGCUGUUUUAGCUAGUCUUUUAACUGAUAUAUCCAUAUAUCUUCCUUUCUUCUUCGCCUUUUCUUUUCUUUGCACAUCGUCAAGGCCUUCCAUUUUGAGGAAGCAGAGCCGCGCUGUAUAUUGACCAAUAGGCAGAAGCCUUCCCGUCCUCCCAAUACGCUUAUCAAGACUUUUUCUCACUUCUUAUUGGACAAUUACACAUCCGACAUUCCAUCUGGCCAAUAGGAUCUUCCAGUCCAACAACCGCCCCUGUUGCUUACUUAAUUUAAGGUUAAUUUUUUUCUAGCAAGAAGUAACAUAACAUGUGAAACAAACCAACCGGAAUCCAGUGCGCAAUCAGCUAAUAAAAGCAAAGACAGGACGAGGACGGAUCUCAGGGUAGCGAGAUGCACGAAGCCGGCAAAGUAUCUGGGGCUGGGCGCAGCAAGUGGGCUUGACAUGACGUGGGGCUAAGCAACUUAUUAUUACUUGACGCUGGCAUCUUCUAAUAUACCCCCAAGACUGGUCCCGUCCAACUUGAACAGGGGAUAACUCCGUCCACUCCAUAUAUAUAACGACCUUGCGAUGACUCGUUCGACUCUGGCCUCACUUCACCCACUGUUCGCACAACGAAAACCAGUAACUCCUCACCGUCGAGGAGGGAUUUCGGGCAAAUGAUUCGAGGCAAGGAAGUUCUCCCUCCUCCCGUCGUCACCAGAACCGGGCAGAAAAAGCCUCCUCCACCUCCUCCGUCCAAGGGAAGCAGGGCAGUCGCAGCAGGCCCUCCCUUGCCACCAAGGAACAAGAGCCAAGCAGCCUCGUCCCCAGUUCCACCCGCGCUUCCUCCUAGAACACCAUCAGACUACGGUCGGUCGUCCAGUGAAUAUACGCCCUCGAGCGCAUCUGUAUCUUCGAAUUCAUCCAGCACAGAGGCCAAACCUGAUGGCUUUCGUGUUCGAGCCCCAGUGUGGGAUCAAACCGAGCUGCCCUGUGUCACACUGUGGAAAGGGAAAACCAAAGAUACCAAGGAUGUUAGUAGCGAAAGGAAAGCAGACGAGAUCAAUUCUCAGCCUGCUUCCGACGCCCAAGGGCUGAGAGGAAAUGUAGCAGCGUUACGGAGUCAAUUGGCUGGCCAUAACAUCAUUGCUCCAGCUACGGCUCCUCCACCAAAGGCUGCGAAACCGAAACUUCCUCCCCGUAUGAACUCGACACCUCUCCCACAGGCGCAUCAACCGCAGCAUUUCCAAGACCGGCCGCUGCUGGAGAGAGUCGAGUCGGCAUCCCCCACACAGAGAAAGCUACCUCCACCACCACCACCUCGGGGAGCCGACCUCCAAAAGAUCAGGCAGGUUUCAUCCUCAAGCCUGAACAAAACUGCUAGUGAAGCCGUCAAGGAUAAUAUAGGUUGUUUUGAUAAAGUCAAAAGGAUUUCGCGUGCUCCUCCUUCAGUACCUCUUGCAUCGCGGCCAAAGCUGCCUCCAGUACCUACAAGCUCAAAACCCCAAAUUGGUUCUACAGCUCGUAGAAGUACAACUAACUCUACCAAUGGUUCAACUAUAUGCUUUAAAUGCCGUGACUUUUCUACUGCCGAUGCACACGCCGCUAGAUUUCCUUGCCAAUCUCUUCCGUCGCACGAUUUGGCCUGGCUGUCAUCCCAACUCACAUCUCCAUUCCCAUCACCGACGGAUAAAGCACGUGUGAUCUUUACAUGGCUACAUCACAACGUACGAUAUGAUGUAGAAAGCUUCUUCCAAGGCAAAAGAACGCCACAGUCCCCGGACCAUGUGUUCACCCAUGGGCUCGCUGUUUGCGCUGGAUUUGCAUCCUUAUUCGAAACCCUGGCCAAAUAUGCUGGUCUAGAAGCCAAGGUGAUAAGCGGCCAUGGGACAGGCUACGGCUUUAAACCACUUGCCCCUGGAGCACCAAUACCCCCAUACGAAGGCAACCAUGCGUGGAAUGUAGUGCGCAUUGACAAUGGACAUUGGAAGUUAAUUGAUUGCUGCUGGGGCGCUGGACACGUUGAGGGUGCAAAUCUGCCUUAUGUACAAAAGUUCUCGCCCAAACACUUUAUCAUGUCUAAUGACGAGUUUGGACUCGACCAUUACCCAGAGAAUGGAUCUGACUUUUACCGUGAAGAUGGGCGUACAGACAUCACUUGGGAGGAAUAUAUAGGUGGUGGCCUGAGGGCUCAGAUGCACAUACCUACUGACCCUCCCACCCUGUUCGAUAAUGCCGUUGAAGACCACGGCAUCGGAAAAUAUACCCUUCAGCCCGGAACGAAGUCCAUCUCCAUCAGAGAAGUGUCCGGGCGCUCUGUACAUUUUCAGUUCGCUCUCAUCUGCGAGCACUGGUCUAUCGUUAAGCACGGCGGUAAGAAAGCCGCAUCCUUCUUCGUCCUAGCUCCGCAUGGACUCGACGGUAGAGAAGACAAGUUCGUCCCCUUCAACCACGUCCGCGGUACUAAUGCUGGGGGAGGCGGCGACUACUGGUAUCUGGACAUCCCCGACGGCAGGACGUUGGGUUGUGCGGGGCAGAAGUUGAUGAUAUUCGAGUUGACGAGCUUUGGGACCCAGACUGACCUGCGUGGCUUGACGAUGGCAGAGUACGAACAGGGAGUUGGUAGAGUUGGGAUGGGUUUCAAAGCACUUGCUGAAUGGACUCUUGUCGAGUAGCUGUUGUCCCCCCACCUCCGUUUACGUUUCUUUCAGUGUUUUAUUAUUAUACGUGAUUCUACAAAGGGCAUGCGUUUGAUGGUUCUCAAUGAUAUUAUUAGGGCAGACAUAGAAGGACAGACAGCAUUAAUGGUAAUCUUUGGCUUCAAGACGGUUUAUUAGAACGAUUCAACCCAGCACCCGGACUUUUACCUGUGUACUCCGUACGGAGCGCCACUUUUGGUGGAGACAUCCUUUUCUUGUCUGCUUUCUGGCAA